GUUCAUCAAAGCAUUGCGCAACCAUUAAAACCUGCUACGAGCCUGCCAUACAUCGGUUGUUUUCUGGAAUCAUAACCCACUGUUGACAACCAAAAUAUUUUCAAAAUGGCCUCGGAGGCGGUCUCUCCCCAGCGGGAGCCGACUCCAUCCUCCUUGCACUCUACACUUCCCCAGAAACGCUCUCUCGAGGAUGACCACAGUCCCGCGGUAUCAUCGCCAUUAAACCCCGAAUCCAAACCCCAGAAAGUACAGGUGCAAAUCGAAGAGAACCAGGUAACGGGCCGGGAGAAAAGGGCCAAGAAGGAUUCACUCAAGAAGCGAGAGUCCAAGGGCACCUCCGACAGCGCGAGAGCAACGCCAGAUCCAAGGCAGCAAGAGCCACCGGAGGAGCUGGGUCCUGUUCGCUACAAGCUCGCCCAUCCAAAGCCGACCGAUUUCGAGCUAUCCAGAGGACCCGUCUUCACGAGCCAUCACGAAGUGCAGGAUCCAGAGGGCAGGACGAUCGAGUUCUUCGAGACGUCAGAUCACGUCUACAACAAGAAGAGCUUUCACUACACGCACUGCAUAGCCGACCCGGCUUUUCCGUCCAUGUUCUACUACCGCAACACCGAGCCGCCGCCCUUCGGUGCCCACAUGUCGUUCGAAGAUGCCGCGUCACACAUGUUCUUCGACCGAAAUGGGAUGCACGUCACGUCAGACAAGGGGUUUCGCAUGUCACGCGCCAACAUUGCCGUCCGCGAGGGACGGUGGUACUGGGAGUGCAAGAUCACGCGGGGCAUACUGAAGGAGCGAAAGGAAGGGGAGCCCGACUCGCACGGUCAUGUCCGGGUGGGGUUCGCCCGGCGGGAAGCAUCGCUAGACGCGCCAGUUGGGUUUGACGCCUACAGCUACGGCAUCCGGGACGUGUCGGGGCAGAAGGUGCACAUGUCGCGGCCCAAAGAUUUCUUUCCGCCUGGGGAAGAGGUCAAGGAAGGUGACGUUAUCGGACUGGAGAUACAGCUGCCGUCAGAGCGCCUGCAUCGAAAGAUUGUGCAAGGGCAGUACAACCCGGUUGUCGACCUUGCGGAUGAUGAAGAACCGGACCAGGCUGAAGCGCCAAACAUCAUCCGCGAUCGCAUCCCGAUCCGGUUCAAAGCGCACAUCUACUUUGAGAAGAUUGACUAUCAUCCAACCAAGGAGCUGGAGGAACUGAUGAACCCGUCGCCAGUGGGACCGGGACGCAACCUGGAGGCCCCGAAUCCGAACCAUCCGGUCCCCGCGUUGCGCACGCUGCCGAAUUCGUACAUCAAGAUCUACAAAAACGGAGUCCUCAUGGGAACGCCGUGGACGGACCUACUGGCGUUUCUCCCGCCGGCAUCCAAGCAAGCGCAGCAGACGGGUGGCCGGGACGCGCUCGACGACGGGUCGUUGGGGUAUUACCCGGCUGUGAGCGUCUUCCGGGGAGGCGCGGUGGAGGUCAACUUUGGGCCCAAUUUCUGGUAUCCGCCUCCGGCGGAGGAUGCAGAAAUGGGCGGCGUUGACGGGUCUUCGGGUAAGGGACUAAACAAGCUGCGGGCGAUGUACGAGCGCUACGACGAACAGAUUGUGGAGGACAUUGUCUACGACAUUGUGGACGAGGUUGGCUUCUGGAUGCAGGAUGGCCAGAAGAUCAUUGAUCGGUCAGCUCGUGAUGAGAAAGCCGAGACGGUCGCGCCUGGCAGGGAGGAGAUCAAGGAACUGGUCCAGGACGAUUGA